UCAGGCCAAGGAGAAUCUCGUAGCGCUUACACCGCAGGCCCAGAAUCCGCAAGCCAAGAAACCCGAAACACAGACCAGAGGACUAAAGCGACAGAGGAGUUCAGAAUCUGCUCCGGUUGUUGAGAGACCGCGCUCGCUCCGUCUACAGAACAAGAGCGCAGAUGGAUCGGCGUUGCCUGAUAACUUUAUCCUUGGGUUAAAGCGAGCCUGUGGUAAAUGUGAUGCAUGCGCCAGAACAGAGGACUGUGGACAGUGCUUGUACUGUAAGGACAAGACAAAGUUUGGAGGAGCUGGUAUGAAGUAUCACAAAUGUAGCCGAAGAAAGUGUCUGAAGAGCUUAAAGGAGAGACUGCCCUUUGACCCGCUCAAGAUGGAUGCCACCAAUGUCAAGAAGGAGGAGAAGACGGAUGCAGGGAGGGACUUUGUGGAAGGUCUUGCUGCCCUCGCCAGGGGUGAAAAGACCAGUGUCACAGCUGAUGACAAGGACUUGGACAAGUUUAUCUCAAAACUGCAGAAGAUGAAGAUGAAGCCUCAAUACAUGGCUAAGGUGGUGCCGAGCCGCAUCUUCUCCGUCGCUGUUCAUCCCUCGGUCAAGAAGACCAUCGUAGUGGCUGGAGAUAGGUGGGGCAAGAUUGGACUUUGGGAUGUGAAUUCCUUGAAAGGUGACGAUGGUGUCUUCCUGUUCGCUCCGCACACCAACCAAGUGAAAUGCCUUCGAUUCUCACCCAGCGAUCCUAACAAGCUCUUCUCUGUUUCAUAUGAUGGAACAGUUCGAUGUGGCGACUUCACCAAAGCUGUUUUUGACGAGGUAUAUAGAGCAGAUGAAGAUGAGUUCAUCUGGACCAGCUACUUUGAUUUCAUGUCGGCAGAUGGUAGCUCUCUCCUUGUCACACAGCAUUACAGGACUGGAAACGUAGUUGUUGUGGACACUCGAUCAAGAAACAGAAAGGGUGGAGAGAAUGUUUACCAUGUACAUUCAAGCAAUGCAAGGACCGUCUCGGUCCACCCCACAAUGCCGCACUACUUCGUCACAGCUUCAACUGAUCGUACUGCUGCAUUGUGGGAUAUCCGCAGCAUGAAGAGUAAGGGAAUCAAUAAACCAAUUGCAGAGAUGCCUCAUGGUAAAUCCGUCAGCUCGGCAUUCUUCUCACCGAUCACUGGUUCAAAGAUCCUUACAACAUCUCUGGAUGACAGAAUCAGCAUCUUUGACACUAAGAGUGCAAAGGAUGGUGGGAUGUCUGAUGUGAAGAGAACUUUGUGGCAGAGUCAUAACAACCGGACCGGUCGAGCGUUAACAGGAUUCCAAGCAGCCUGGCAUCCCAGAAGAGAAGAUGCUUAUGUUGUAGGUAGCUUGUCGCAACCACGAAGGAUUGAGGUGUUCAGCUCCAAAGGGAAGCCCCUCCAUCAUUUCUGUGACGAGCACCUCGCAUCGGUGUGUUCUAUCAACAAAUUUCAUCCUACAAGAGAUCUGCUGGUGGGUGGAGGCGGUGGAAACUCCAGCGGGAAGCUCUAUGUCUUCAUGGCGUAGACUAGGGGCCCGUUUCUCAAAGCGUUUUUUCAAUGACAAAUGACAAAAAUCAGUGACAAAUCUGCUGAUAACCAAUCAGAAGCAAGGAUUUCAGUAGCUUAUAACAAAACCUGCCGUUUGACACUGAUGACAAGUUCUGUGAAAUGUCCCCCGGGAGAGUCACUCUGACAUGAUUUUAUCUGCAAUGCUGACAUUUAAGUUGGGCUUGGAGGUCCAUUAUUACUUCUAAUGAGCUGGAAGCUUGAUGCCUUCUUGGUGAAAGUUUAUUUUUACAUCGACUUAUCUGCAAAUUUGUUAUUAAAGCAAUACUGAACUAAUGAACUUUCUGCAGUAGCAUACUGUAUAUUGCAGGGCCAUCUAAUAGUCAACUUUCAUAUAGUGCGUAACCCAGUAGCUAAUUUCCACUUUAAUUUCUGUCCAUAACAAUAUAAAAGUCUUGUCUGUGCCAAAAGCUUUGAAACUACUACAGGGACAAGAAUCCUUUUUCCAAGGAGAGAUUGGAAAAUUUGAGUCCCGUGAU